AUGAGUGAGGAGGUCGACUUCAGGCCUACUGUGAACUUGGCCUUGACCUUCCCUCAGGAGAUGAAGGGCUCUCCCACCUUCCCUCCAGAUGGCUGUCUCCUCUCUCUGCUCCUCCUGGUGUCCACCAUAGUCUCGGGAGAAGUGUCUUCGUUUUCUGUGAGGGGACAAACUGAGCCCAUCACAGUCCUGCUUGGGGCUGAGGCCACUCUGCUCUGCCAGCUGUCUCCUGCACAGAGUGGGACAUCUCCCAUGCACAUCUGCUGGUACCGUGCCCGCCUCACCCCUGCUGUGCUGGUGUUCCACGAUGGACAGGAGCAAGGAGAUGUGCAGAUGCUGGAGUACCGAGGCAGAACCCGGCUGGUGAGAGAUGCCAUCGCCACGGGAGAUGUGACUCUGCAGAUACAGCAAGUCCAGGCUUCUGACGAUGGUCUGUAUCACUGUCAAGUUACACAUGGCUUCACCUCCCAAGAGGCUGUGAUUGAGCUCUGUGUCAAAGGGAAAGUAGCUCUGGCUUGCCUGCUCCCCAUACUACUGGUUCUGUUCGGUGGGACCAGCCUUGCUGGCUGGAAAGAGCACCAAGCCAAAAGGCAAAAGGUGGAACAAAAGUCAGAAGAACUGAAGGAAAUAUCUCAGAUGAAGAAGGAAAUGAAAAUCUCACUGAAGAAAAGAGAUGACCUCCAGGCCGCGCUGGAUCAACGGAAGGCUCUGUACAGAGAAGAUUGGAAGAAAGCCCUGCUGUACCCUGACUGGAGGAAGGAACUGUUCCAGCUGGCUCCUGUGAGGAUAAAUCAUGAAGUGCCCAAAACUGGCCCAGAAACAGAAGAGAGCAGCAGAGAGGAGACAGCACAUCCAUCCCUCAGCAACCCACAAGAAAAUCACCACGUCAUCACGCUGUACCAAGAAGGCUUCAUGUUGGGGAGAUAUUACUGGGAGGUGGAUGUAGGGGACACUGAGGAAUGGACACUCGGUGUUUACGAGCUGUCCACUCAGGAUGUGCCAUCCAGAGAAUCUCUGAGGAAAUUCAGAGUCCUGGAGAAGAAGGGAGAUGAAUACAGGGCUCUUGCCUUCUGUUCCCAAGCCGUUUCUCUGGAACUGCUGGAGACUCGGCCACUCAAGAUUGCAAUCUUCUUGGACCAGGAGGACAAUGACCUUUCUUUCUACAAUAUGACUGAUGAGACCCACAUCUUCUCCUUCGCCCAGGCCAGAUUCUUGGGAUCACUCUAUCCUUACUUCACGCGUCAUCCCGUGGGCCUCUCUCCAUCACACAGUCCCAAGUGA